AGAGGCAGGCAGUCAGAGAGGACACGCAGACUGGGUGGGACGUCACGCUCUCUCUCUCUCUUACUCUCCCUCACUCGCCCUCACGCCCUCACCCCACCCACGCGGCGCCCUCACCCGGACACUGCAGGGGCGCCAGGGAGCAAGGGCGGCGCCACAGGGGAAGUGAGAGUUCCGUGGUACCCCUGGGAGAGUCCUUUGAGAGUCCUGGAGGGAGAUACCAACACACUUCCAAGUCCCCUGUAGUGAAGGAUGUGCUAGUGAUGUGCUGAUGUGCUCUGUGCCUCCCCCUCCCCCUCUCCCCCUUACGCUCCCUCCCUCUCCCUUCCUCCCCUAGACCUCGAUUUUUGUCACCGAACGAUUCAAACGACACACAGAUGGAAAGAACCAAGCUUCCUCUCACUCUCUCUCGUGGGAUACUCAAGGAUGCCGCCCUUAAGCCUCUAGGAGUCCCAUGCCCAACGCCACAAGGCAAGGCGCCCACGCAGAGGACGGCCACCACGCCCACACGCCCACACGCGCCUACAGCCACGCCCAGAACCUGGUGAUUUCGGAUCAUUCAGAAAACGAUGUGUGUUUGCCCCACAAAAUGUGGCACAAGUUUUCUGCGCUGCACCACUUCUCAAGGCGCAGUGCCACAGUAUUCUCAAGAUCCCUGGUCUUUAAUCUGAUAACUGUGUACACCCCUGUCCUCCUCCUUGCCGGGUCCAUUGUAACUUCGGCCAAGCAAAUUCUAAGCCCCAUCCAUUGCGAAGGCGAAGGAAAGGAUGGGCUUAGCAAAGAUUAUGUCGAGACGUACUGUUACAUCGAGGGCACCUUUAAUCUGUACAUGAAGCAGGUGGCCAAACAGGUGAGGCCAGGAGGUCACCUAACAGCGCGCAACCCGGUCCGCUUCGAACAGCAGGUGGGCAAAAAUGUCAUCUACCCGAACCUUGGGCAGUUCGUGGAGGGGCAGUCAUCGCGGCGGGAAAUCUCUUACUACCAGUGGGUGACGUUCUUCCUGCUGAUCGAGGCCUUGGUGAUCUACCUGCCCAGGCAAAUAUGGCACCAGCUCACCCACAGCCAGUGCCUCCCCUUCGACUUCACCAACCUGCGGCGCCGCGAGGAUUGGGAGGACAAGAAGAACUUUUUAGUAUGGCACAUGAAGCAGACGCGGGGCAACCACGAGUACUGGCUGUGGCAGUACUUGCUCACGGAGCUGCUGGCCAUCGCCCUGCUCGCCUCCUUCUUCAUCCUUACAGACGUGUUCCUCGGCGGGGACUUCUACGAUUACGGCCUCGAUUGGGUCCACUUCAUGCACAACGCCACCAACAACACCAUCUCGCCCAUGACGGCCCGCUUCCCCCGCCUCACGGUGUGCAAGCUGCAGUACCACUCCCGCGGCGGCACCAUCAACUCCUACUACCCGCUCUGCCUGCUGCCCAUCAACUGCUUCAAUGAUAAGAUCUUCCUGUUUCUCUACUUCUGGUACUGCCUGCUGUUCGGCCUGUCCCUGGUGCGCGGCCUGUACAUGCUGGUGCUGGUGACCUGCAAGCCGGCACGGCGCCUGCGCCUCAAGUUCAGCGCCAAGCUGGUGCCGGAGGACACGCUGGACCGGUUCAUCAACGCGCACAACCUGAGCGACUGGUUCGUGCUGUGCAACCUGGCGCCCACCAUGGACCCCGUGCUGAUCGCCGAGCUGGUGACGCAGCUGGUGUACGAGGUGCAGGGCGGCGAGAGCUCCGACUCCAAGCCCUCCCGCCUCGGCAAGCAGGAAAAAUCGCUCCAGUCUGUUAAUUAUAUAUGAGAUUCAGCGCCGCGCACUUCCCCGCACUCGCUCACACACUGCCUUCCCAACGGCCAGCCUAACUUCGGAUUUUGCGCCAAUCCUAACCCGUACAGUCACUUUCAGAGCCGCUACCCGCCCGUGCACGGUUACGGGACGGCUUACUCCAACGGCCAUUGCGACGGGCUGUGAGUCGUGGGCCCGGAGCUCACCGCGCCCACGCAUCACAAAGGGGAAGGCGCUGCGCGAGUCUCAUGACUUCAGCACCACGCCAACACCGCCACGCCACCUCACCACCACCACCACCACCACCACUACACCACCACACCACGCCACUUCCACAACCACACCACGACGCCGCGGGAACUGCUGCCACCACCAUUACCACCACCACCACCACAACCACGCCUCCUGGGAUGGUGUUUUAUUAUUGUUGUUGUUGUUAAUUUUUGGGUGAUGGACCGCCCCCUCCCCCUGACCCCCUGACCCUCUCCACCCUCCCAAACCACACACACACACACAAAUACACAUACACAAUGCUACCGCCUCCCCCUCCCCUCCCCCUCCCCCUACCCCCGGAGCAUAGAGGGAGUGAGGGCGGCGUCACAGUUCAUUUUAGGGGGAAGAAAAUGGGAGGCGAGUCGGUCAGCGGCGGCGCACAGAAAACGGAGCCGCGGUGGUGCUGAGGUGAAGGGUGACUAAAGAAGACGCAAGCGAUGUAAUAAUAAUGAUAAUAAUAAUAAUAAUAAUAAUAUUAAUAAUAUUAAUAUUAAUAAUAAUAUUUACUACACAGUGUUCUUGUUAUGUCAAGUUAUUAUAUAUAUAGUGAUGAUCAUUACUCUCUCUCUCUCUCUCUCUCUCUCUCUCUCUCUCUCUCUCUCUCUCUCUCUCUCUCUCUCUCUCUCUCUCUCUCUCUCUCUCUCCAUACUCGCAAAAGCACCGUUCGCGCGUGUGUCUUUCCUCGCUUUACGAAAUGUAACGUUGAAUUAAAGAAAGAAAACGAAAAAUGUUGACUUCCGGUGAACAUUACGAACAAGAAAAGAAGAAAGUGCACAAAUAAAGCCGACAAAUAAGCAAACAAACAAACAAACAGACACGUGAAGAAAACAGGAGAGAGAGAGAGAGACAGAGAAAGAGAGAAAAACAACCGAUAGUGAUGAUGAUGAUGAUGAUAAUAAUAAUAGUUGCUCCUUAUUGUCAGUAUUGUAAUAAAAAAAAUAUAAUUAAACCUUUCAGUAUUAAAUAUGAAAAUAGGAAGGAGAGAGAAAGCUUAUCUCCUCCUCCUCCUCCUCCUCCUCCUCCUCCUCCUCCUCCUCCUCCUCCUCCUCCUCCAGUGGACUUGCAAUCCAGUGUUCAUUCGCUUGUUUGUUUGUUUGCUUAUUUGUUUGGUCAUAAGAGAAAAUGGGAUGAAAAUAACAUAGAAAACGGGAUCUUGAAGGUGUGCAGGCGUUUUCGGAUUUAAGUUUAGUUUUGUUUGGAAAAUGUGAAGGAAGAAAACAAAUAUAAAAGUGUGAAAGAAAAGAAAGAAGGAAAGAAAAAUUAUAAUAGAAACAAACACACGUACACACACACACACGUACACAUGAACACACAGGAAAAACAGUCAUAUGUACGUUUUCAUCCACACGUACAUGCACACAUCAUCCUUUCCACCACUUCCACCACACAAGGAGGGGAAAAAAUUUGAGGGGAAAAAAAUAUUAAAAUAUGCUAGUCAUUAUUUUUGUUACCAGUUCAAUGAUUGGCAGCAAACCUCCCACAUCUGUGCUGACAAGACGCUCCGUGACUGUGAUUUGGGGCAGGUGUGGGGCAGGUGUGUUCAUUAGUGGUCACCUGUGCUACUGGGAAAAGGAAAUUGAAGUGUUGAAAUAGAAAAAAAAAAUUGAAAAAUAAAAAGAAAUGCGAGUUUUGAGGUACAUUCUCUCUCUCUCUCUCUCUCUCUCUCUCUCUCUCUCUCUCUCUCUCUCUCUCUCUCUCUCUCUCUCUCUCUCUCUCUCUCUCUCUCUCUCUCUCUCUCUCUCUCUCUCUCUCUCUCUCUCUCUCUCUCUCUCUCUCUCUCUCUCUCAUCGUGUCACUCUGGGCUUCCCACCGCUGUCUCUAUUUUUAUCACUUUUUUUUAUUAUUAAUUUUUCAUUCUCAUUUUCCUUUUCACCGUAAGUUUAGUGGCGUCACAACCCGCGGUGACUGUGACGCCGUGACAAUGACGACAACAACAACAACAACAACACAGAGGAAAGCGACGCGCAUACACACACGCACAUACCCAAUAAGGAAGGGAAAUUAAAUAUAUAUAACUUAAUAUACAUUGAAACACAAGAUGUAUUAGAAAAAAAGGAAACACGUGGAAGGUUUUGUUUAUAUUCCAUGGAAACACAAAUUAAAUGGAAGUUGAAACACAAAAUGGAAAAGAAAUUAAACUCGCGAGAUGUUUAUUUUUUAGAAAAGUGAAUUGAAAUGGCAAAGUUUGAUGGUUAGUUUUGUUUUUCUUUGCUAAUUGACGUGGGGAGAAAAAAUAAAUAAAUAGAAAAAAAACUUUUUUAGGAAGAAAAAUAUAAGUGAAUUUGAAUUUAUAUAACAAAAAAAAUGAAGAAAAGUUUAAUUCCGUAAAAGAAAAAUAGAAAAGUCGAAAUCCUUAAAAAUAAAAAAUGAAAACGAAGUGAAUUUAAAUACACUCAACAGAAAAUGGAGUACACUUCAGAAGGUUAACAGAAAACGAAAAAAAAAUAAACAAAAUACAGAAAAAGGAAUGAAGGAAGAAAACGGGAAGUCCUCCACGGAACACAGACUGCCGUGGCCAGCUAUCACAUACACAUAGGUUUUUAACAGUAAGUUAGUUUCGCGUCCCGGAGAAGCUUGCGUUGUAGCGUCUAAGUUUGAAUGUGAUUUGAUUUUAGCGAAUGAGAUAAAAAAAGUAUACAUAUAUACAUAUAUAUAUAUAUAUUCUAUAAUAAUGUAAUAUCAUUAUCUUCACCCUUCCUUCCUUCCUUCCUUCCUUCCUUCUCCAGUUCCUUCCCUUCCCUCUCCUUCGUCUUCCCUCCCCUUUCCUUCUCCUUUUCCUGUUAAAAAUUUCGUUUAUUAUUGUUAUUGUUAUUAUUAUUAUUAUUAUUAUUAUUAUUAUUAUUAUUAUUAUUAUUAUUAUUAGAUGUGAGAAAAGAUGAUAGAAAUUAGAAAUUCAACUAUAUUUCAUUAUUCAAGAGUACUCUUCGUCCUCCUCCUCCUCCUCCUCCUCCUCCUCCUCCUCCUCCUCCUCCUCCUCCUCCUCCUCCUCCUCUUAGAUUGUAUAACUUUAAGAAUCACGGUUGUUGAACGAAACAUACAAAAAGUAUAAUAUUAAUAAUAGGUGUUUUUUUUUACCAUUCAUAAACAAACAAACAAAAAAAAAAGAGACGAAAGGAAGGAAAACAAUGAGUAGCCAUUCGUGUGUUUUGUUUGGGUGUAAACAAACAAAAGAACAAACAAUAAUGGCUAAUAAGUGAAGAAUGAAUAUUUUAUGAAGUUAUACACGAAAAGAAGAAAAAAGAUUUGGGUGAAUUCAUUGAGGCAUUUUGUUGUGAUAAUAUGUAUUUUGUAUGUAUAUCCCCCCUCUCCAGCCCCCCCACCCCCACAAUUACCCAUACAUCCACCACCCCACCCCCUCCCUCCCUCCCUCGCCACCCACAAGACUAAACUAACCUAAACACAACCUUCCACUCUUGCCCCAUUUUCUAUUACAUCCCUCCCCAUCAACCCCCCCACCCCACACACCUCCCCAGCUGCCCUUCUCCACCGCACCUCCUUCACAUCCACCCCCCACCCCUCCCCACCCCUCCCCACAAAAAUUACAGAGGCUUUUUAUCAAAUUAGGGGGAAGAUUGAAGUGUGUCUAAAUAGUAAGUUUCACUACAUCUUAAGUAAUUAAAGGAAAAAAAAAGUACGUAUAUUUUUUUCGUUUUUACUGAUUCCCCCUCCCUCUCUCCCUCUUCCUUCCCCCUCCCCCUCCGUCCCCCCCAUACUUAAGUGACCAAACACCAUCUUAUAAAUUUAUACAUGCCUAUACUUAAAUAUAUAUAACAUACAUACAUACAUACAUACAUACGUACGUACUGGCGCAUACUCUAGUGGUGAAUUGAAAUUGAUUUUUAUUAUUAUUAUUAGAUUAAUUUAUUCUGAGAGGAUAGAAAAAAGAUCAGUAUUAAAUAGAAGGUUUUGUGUGUCCUCCUCCUCCUCCUCCUCCUCCUCCUCCUCCUCCUCCUCCUCCUCCACCUACGUCUCAUCCUUUUUUUCUUCCAUCAGUCCAUAUUUUUUCCCCUCUUCCUCCUCCUCCUCAUCAUCAUCUCCAUUUUUUCCUCCUUUCAAUCAAUAUAUAUAUAUUUUUUUUUUCUUUCUUUUUUCGUCCUUUCCAUCUUUACCUCACUUCAUCUUUCCUCCUCCUCCUCCUCCUCCUCCUCCUCCUUCGGAAGUAGUGAGAGAAAUUUGCUUCCUUCUAAAAUUAAUAUGUAAAAAAGAUUAAAUUUCUCUCUCUCUCUCUCUCUCUCUCUCUCUCUCUCUCUCUCUCUCUCUCUCUCUCUCUCUCUCUCUCUCUCUCUCUCUCUCUCUCUCUCUCUCGCGGUUAAAAUUAUUAUUAUUAUUAUUAUUAUUAUUAUUAUUAUUAUUAUUAUUAUUAUUAUUAUUAUUAUGAUGGUUAUGCUUGGGUAAUCUAGCACAGUUCCCCCUUUAACUCCGCGCUCAGCAUUGGGCUACCCUCGCCACUCUUUUCUCCCCCUCCUCCUUUCAUCCUUAUAUGCAACAGAAAACGGGAAGAAUGUUUGAAAUUAAUACUGCGCCGUUGUAAAGAAAAUUAAAAGGAACUGGAUGCGUUUUCCAUUGAAUUUUGAUGUUUUUUUUUUUUAUUGUAUUGCAAAAGAAAACGGGGAGAGUUGAAUAAUAUGGAAAAUGGGAAAUUGUGAAGAAAACGUAUAGGAAUUGUUUAACUUCUACAUCGAUUUUCUUGAAGGUUUCACUAGUUUUAAUUGUGUUGUAAAAAGAAAACGGGAGAUGGUUUAAAAUGAAUACUGCAAGAUAGUGAAGAAAACGUAUGGAAGUAAAAAAAAAUAAUAAUAACUAUUAAUUACGGACUGACUCGUUUAAAUUUGAAUUGCAAGAAAAAAAACGGUGCCAAAAUCUAAACAAAUUCUGUUAUUUGUUUAUUUAUAUAUUUAUUUAUUUAUUUAUUUAUUUAUUUAUUUAUAUUUUGUACGGAUUUACUAGUUUUGAUUUGAAUUGCAAGAAGAAAGAAAACGGGAAGAUGGAAGGUGCCAAUUCUAAAAAUAUUCUGUUAUCUAUUUUUAUUUUCUUACGAUUAACUAGUUUCGUUUCGAAUCGCAAGAACAAAGAAAACGGGAAGGUAGCUGAGUGGCCCUUAAUUCUAAACAAACGAUGGGAUUGUAGAAACUGAAUAAUUUUUCCAUUUAGUUCACUAGAUUUAUUAUAAGUUUCUGUUGCAAAUCGACGAAAGAAACUGUGCGUGGAAUAUUCUGUCAAAGGAGGCAACCCGCAGACACGAAGAUAAGCCAACAGGAGAAAGCAGUAUUAAAAGAGUAUUAUACGAAAAAGUUAUAUAUGAUUAAAGAAACAUACACAGUUACUUAUCCCAGACUUAAAUGCAUAAUACACACACACACACACACACAAAUAGAUUUAUAACCUCAAAAAGUAUAGUUAGAAAUUUAUACUUAAGAAAUUACCAAAUAAAUAAUAAUAAUAAUAAUGAAGAGGCCGUUAUCGUUUUGAAUCUUAACACACACACACACACACACACACACGAAUUAAAAAAAUAAAUAAAUAAAUCGCCAGCAUAAACUAAAACGUAAAAAAAAAAAUAAAGGUUGCUAUUUUCUCUACUGGAGCCGUGGUCACGUGGCGGUGCGUGCGCGCGUGCUCGCCUGUAAGUGAAGGGGAGGUGCCCUUGUCUGCAUCGAUUGUAAUAUAUGUAUACUGACAGAAUACUUAGCUGGUUUAUCAAUGAAGCUGUUUUAAAGUAAGCGCUCCCCCUCCUCCUCCUCCUCCUCCUCCUCCUCCUCCUCCUCCUCCUCCUCCUCCUCCUCCUCCUCCUCAGUUAUCUCUCUCUCUCUCUCUCUCUCUCUCUCUCUCUCUCUCUCUCUCUCUCUCUCUCUCUCUCUCUCUCUCUCUCUCUCUCUCUCUCUCUCCACUUCCCAUUCUUCAUUUUAGGUCCCUCUUUUCUCCCUCCUCCUCCUCCCCCCAUCUUAUCUAUCUUUACACACACACACACACACACACACACACACACACACACACACACACUAAGUCCCACCCAUAUAUAUUUGUUAUAUUAAGUCCCUCCCCCUCCCUCCUCCUCCCCUCAGUUAGCGACCUUCCCUCCACCCAUACCCCCACACCACCAUAUACCCCCCCACCCCCCUCGCCUCACCAAGGUCAUGCCAGGUCACGUGUUGCUGUAAGAGGUCAGGUCAGGUCAAAGAUGCAUUUUUGUAUUGGAGAAUUGUGAGGUUUAUUUUGAUGUUUGUUAUGGUGAUGAUGAUGAUGAUGAUGAUGAUGGUGAUUUUGGUGCUGUUUAGAAAAUGGUGUUUGUAAUAUACUUCUUUUUUUACGUUAGUUUAAAAAAAAGUUGUAUUUAAAAUUAUAUUGCUAUGAUAGUUAUGAUAAUGUGAUUGUACAGAUUAUUAUUAUUAUUAUUAUUAUUAUUAUUAUUAUUAUUAUUAUUAUUAUUAUUAUUAUUAUUACUACUACCAUUAUCAACGUUUGUGAUCUUAGAAAUAUAUACAUAAGAAAAUAAUAUAUAUGUAAAUUACAAAUCUCUAUAUAUACAUAAUAUUUAUUACUAUAAUUUUACGCUUGUUAUAAAAAAAAAUUAAGAGAAAAUUUAUCUGUUGUUCCGAUUAUGUGAAAUUUUUAAAGCAUUUAUUAUUAGUGUGUUACAAAUGUGAGUGUUUUAUCAGUUCAUUUCGUCUGGGAGUGAACAGAGAGGCGAGGCAUGCAGUGGGCAGUGAACGAGGGAGAGCAGAGGGCGCGGGGUGAACGAAAGGCGUGAAUACUGAAGAAACUAAGAAACCUAACACUCGGAAAACGAACAAAAAUGAACGGAAGGAAGUGAAGAAAGGAAAAGAUAACUAGAGAAAGACGAAAUAGAGGGAGAGGAUCAAAGUGAGAGAACGUGAAGUGCAGAUAAAUGGAGAAAAGAGAAAAAAAGAGAGAGAGAAAGAGAGAGAGAAGGAGAGAGAGAAAGAGAGAGAGAGAGAACAUUGAGGACUGACCAGUGGCAAUGAAGUGGAAGAGAAUAAAUAAAUAAACAAGUGAAAUAGUGACAAUAUAUUACAGCAGAGGAGAAGGAGGAGAAGAGAAAUAGGAGAAACACACAAACAAAACAAACAAACACACAAACAAACAAACGAACACACUUUCCCGCCAAAAUCUCCGCACACUCGCUCGUUUUCUUUGUUUAUCUCGUCUCGCUGCUUCGAAACAUAAAAGAUUCGAGUCAUAAGUUCCGAAUCCUUUUACUCUUCCCCCUCCCCUCCCCUUACCCCCCCCAAGUUUUCGCAUCCCCCCCUUCCCCCUUUUUCCCGUCAAGAGCUUUGAUAUAUAAAGAAAGGAAGUCAGUAGUGGUUUUGAUGUCUUUCGACCUUACUUGUAUAUAUAAUGUUAAAAAACAGAAGUGGAAGAUAGGAACGAAAGAACGAAAGGAAAACAAGUGAAUAACGCGUGAUGUGAAUUAUAAUGGUACUCGAUAGUGUUUUUCUUUUUUUUUCGUGUUUUCCCUUUAUUUAUCGUUGAUGUGGGCGUGGUGAUGUGUGUGUUGCCAGCUUGCAUUUUUUCUUUUUUAUCUUAGGAGACUGUAUUACGAUAUUAUCACUAUUAUUUUUAUCGUUGUUGUAUAAAAAUCUAUUUAUUUAUAAAUAUAAAUAUAAAUAUAUAAAUAUAUAUAUACCUAUACAUACAUACAUAUACAUUACAUUAAUACAUACAUUACAAAAAAAAGAAAUAAAUACUAAUACUAAUACUUAUACAGCCUGUAUGAUUAAGUAUUGUAUAAUGAAUGAUGAACAAGAUUUAGGCUAAUGAUGAUUAAUACUUACAUUGUUAUAGGAGUUGUUUUGUGCUAUGUUUGUUUGCUUUAGUUUGUCUGGAUCAGUCAGUCAGUCAGUCAGUCAGUCAGUCAGUAGAGGUAAUGAGUUCAUUCUAUUUGCGAGUAUAACAGGUAGUCUCCCUUAACAAUUAAUAAUAAUAGACACCUAUCUUCUAAUCACUACCUCCCCCCACCACUACCCCUACCACCCCCCCCUUGACGCAUUACCCCCCUCCCCUCCCUCCUCCCCCAUGGCACAGCGGACAGAGGGGUGGACACUGAAACGAGGAGGCAUGUUCAAUACUCGUUUCAAACUUUUUUUUUUUUUUUAAGGUUUUUUUUUCACGUUUUCUUUUCCUUUUUUUUCAUAAUUAUUGACUUAAUUGAAGUAUUUGCAGCGAGUUGUUGUUGUUGUUUUAUAUUGCUUUAGUUUCCGUUUUCUUCCAUGCCAGUAACCCAUUUUCUUUCUUUAAGCUCUCGUUUUCUUUUUUUUAAUGAUUUCUUUAUUUCUUUUACUUAAUAUCUUAUCAUGUAUUAUGUGUUUUUAUUCAGUUUUUUUGCUUCUUUCACUUACUCCUUCCUCUUCCUUCCUCCUUUCCUUGCUUCAUUAUUUCCUUCCUUCAUUCAUUCAUUCAUUCAUUCAUUCAUUUAUAAAUUGCAUCAUCUCACCUCAUUCGUUCAUUCACUCACUCUCAUUCUCUCACUUUUCUCCUUAUCUCUCUUCUCUCCCUUUCUCUUCCCUCACCAUUUCAUCAUCAUCGUCAUCUUCUUCUUCUUCUUCUUCUUCUUCUUCUUCUUCUUCUUCUUCUUCUUCUUCUUCUUCUUCUUCUUCUUCUUCUUCUUCUUCUUCUUCUUCUUCUUCUUCUUCUUCUUCUUCUUCUUCUUCUUCUUCUUCUUCUUCUUCUUCCUUUAUCUCCAUAUCUAUCCAUUUCUCUCUCUCUCUCUCUCUCUCUCUCUCUCUCUCUCUCUCUCUCUCUCUCUCUCUCUCUCUCUCUCUCUCUCUCUCUCUCUCUCUCUCUCUCUCUCUCUCUCUCUCUCUCUGAAAAAUUUUAAGUAGUAUAUAUUUAGGCCUAAACUGAUAAUUGGCGUCCCCUCAGCCCACUACCUGUGUAUGGUGCCUCUCCCCACUCCCUGUGUUGGUGAUUCGCUUCCUAGGGUACACUUAAAGAUAUUUAGAUAUUUAGUAUGAUAAGAAAAGUGUCCAGUGAAUUAUUUUUUUCUUUUUUUUCAUUUGGUUAAAGAUUAUUAUUAUUAUUAUUAUUAUUAUUAUUAUUAUUAUUAUUAUUAUUAUUAUUAUUAUUAUUAUUAUUAUUAUUACUACUACUACUACUACUACUACUACUACUACUACUACUACUACUACUACUACUAUUACUACCACUACUACUACUAUUACUACUACUGCUACUAUUUCUAUUUAAUUUACUUCUAUAAUCAUUUAAGUAACAAAAAACCUGAUUUACUAUACAUGGGACUGCUGCUUUGUACUUGAAUUACUUAAAGACACCUUGCUUAAUUACUAAUAUUUACCUACCUACCUGUACACUUUUCAUUUCCCCCCCCUCGUAGUAUAUAAGUGACGCUAAAAGUACUUACAUAGCUAAUCACUUGGCUUCCUCACUUACAUACAAGUUUAAGUUUCCACGGAAUUGUGUUUCUACUUACAGAAGAAAAAAAAAAAAAGGGAUGUCCAUCUUAUGAAUAUUCCAAGUGUUACCAGUAUUGCCAAUUAAAAAAAAAAAAACACACACAAGGGAAACCGUACCUCAUCCCCAGUGGCGCUGUUUGGGUGACCACAGGCCUAAAAAAUUCCCAUAUAGGCCUACUUGUGGUCCUAUACUACUGAUAAGAUAAGCCUGGUAUUCCCAUAAGGCCUAUCUUGGGGGUCUAUCAUUGUUGGAAAUAGACUCCGCUGAUAGACCUAGGUAUUUCCCAGUAGGCCUGUGUUUGGGUUGUUUGCCGGUGAUUAAGCCUAAUGUUUCUGGUAUAGGCUUGUUAUGGGGCUUGUUUGCUGGUGGGGUAGGCCUUUUUUUCGGUAGGUCUACUGGGACAUGUCAUAUUGUUUGCGCGUUUGGCAAUGCGCGGCAUCCUCAGAUCGCGCUGCCCAGGGACGCGAUUCUGAAACACUGCGCCCUUUCACCUUUACUCUGACAGGUUCCAGUGAAGGUUGGAGGGGUUCCCAAGGAUCUCUAAGGUUGUAGUGGUAGUUUGACAAAGGUUCUUUAUCAUUAACAGUUAAAACACCCUUGGGAACACGCUAGCCCUUGUGGCCUUUGAAAACAGAAAGAAGAGGUUCCAGUGGAGGUUAGACAGGUUCUCAAGGGUGUUUUCAAGGUUCUAGUGAUAGUUCAACAAAGAUUCUUCAUCAGCUCCCUUGAGAACGUGCCUAACCCUUCCCGUGGCCUUUGAAAACAGUCCCAGUGAGAAAGAAGAGGUUCCAGUAGAGGUUGGACAGGUUCUCAAGGGUGCUUCCAAGGUUCUAGUGAUAACAAAGAUUCUUCAGCUCCCUUGAGAACGUGGCUAACCCUUCCCGUGACCUUUGAAAACAGUCCCAGUGAGAAAGAAGAGGUUGGACAGGUUCUCAAGGGUGCUUCCAAGAUUCUAGUGAUAGUUCAACAGAGGUUCAUCAUUAACCCCCUUGGGAACGCGUGUAGCCCUCCCCUGUGGCCUUUGAAAACAGUCCUGGUGAGCGGGCGAUGUGUUUCAGAAGUGUUCCUCUCCCUUUGAGCUUUUGUGUGUUCGCGCUGCGCUGUUUGUUGCAGUGUGUUGUAUAUUUGUUACUGAGCGAUGAUGGGAUUCCUUAUCACGAAGAAACACUUUAAAGUAUGUUAUUAUCCUAGGCUGUAUUAUACAAUAUUAUACUAGAGACAGAGUGUAUUAAAGGAUAUUACGUAUUAUGCUACCGAUUCGUUGUAAGGCAUAUACUUUUUUGUUUCUUUGUAUUAUUAUUAUUAUUAUUAUUGUUAUUCAUUUACUCGGAUCUCGUGUACGAUAAUUAUCAUUUUUUUUCCUUGAUUUUUUAUGUAUGUAUGUGUACACGCCCAUUUGGAGGCCACGUACACAUACACACACACACGCGCACACACGGCUAGGCGACACGGAUGUAAGUACGUACACAGCAGUCCGUUUUCUUUACAGUAUUUUGAUGGACUACUGCUUAAAAAUAAAAAAAAUAUAUAUAUAAAAAAAAAAUGAAAGAAAAAAAAAACAAGAAACGCGUGUGUCUGUGUGUUGGUUAGCGCCGCCUUGGAUCCAACAUGGCGGAUAAUUAUAUACUUAAAAAUCCUUGUAAAUUUAUCACGUACUCCCCCUCCCCCCCCCACCCCGAGGUAGUCAGCUGUCCUGUGUUUGUGGGUGCUUGCUGCAAUGUGUAAAGAACUCCUUCAUUCCUUUAGGAUAUGUACACUAACUCCUUUGGUUCCUUUACGGUUGGUCACUUUCAAUACAUCUUCUAUAACUCCCAGUAUAAAUAGUGAAAAAAAAAAUAAUAAUUAAGAAGAGAAUAAAAAUUUUUUCUCCAUUCCUUCAUUUUUGCAAACCCUAUCUCUGUCUGCUGUCCCAUUUAAAAAAAAAGAUAAAUAAUAAUAAUAAUAAAAAAAAAGUUUAGAAUGUAUAAAUAUAAAUUCUAUUCCCCCUCAUUAUAGUCAGUUAUAAGAGGAGAAAGCACUGGAUUGUAACUCCAUCACUAGAGGCAAUAAGGAAAUGAUAGUUAAUAUAAUGUAAAGUUCUUGUGUUGGAAUUUACUAAAUAAAACUGCGAAACUGC